UUCUCAUUUUGUAUUUUAAUAAACAAAAUCCAGUUCAAUUUAGAAACAUUUUUCUUUUGCUUAAGUUCAAUCUAGAUAUGUUUAGCUCGAUUGCCUUUCCUUCAAAUUGCAUGCAGGAACUAUUUGCAGGGAUGUUAACAUAGCUCUCCCUGUGCUCUCCCCCUAAAAAUGGCUCCCUUUUUAAAGUCAAAUCCUAAUUCUCAGUUCCUAUUAAUAACCAAUUAGCUGAAUAGUGGAGAAACUGGACAAUUUAUUUCUAAACUAUAACAUGGAAAAUAUUAGGAAAAAAAUACUACAGUGAGCUAAGUUGCCGUUCUUUGAUUAAUGCAAUUGUAAUUUUUUCUGUGAUAACAUGCUACAUUUACCAGUCAGUUGGUGCAAUAGUUAACACUCUUACAUUCAUUUAUUUGUGUUGACAUUCAGCCUGUCAUGCACUGAGCUAAGUGCUCUCACAAGACAGCUGUGAAGAUAAAAAUGUGACAAAUCCCUUGCACAUACACAAAUAGGUUGGAAGCUUGGACGAGUGGAAAAUAAGAUGUAAAACAGAUUUAGUGGAAAUGCUGAAUGGCUCAGUUGCAGCUGGCUGUGUGUUCGCAUAUGGAUCCAAUAGCAUCCAAUUCCAGUCUUCCUGCCACAAGUCAGGAAAGAUGUCAUCCUGAAGUUCUUAAAGAACAGUCCCAAUUAGAACAUCUGAGGAAUAAUACCCAGCAGCAACUUGUGUGCUAUAAAGAUAAGAAAUUGAAAGAUCUUCAUGUUCCCAAAGAGCGGAGCUCUUCCUGUACUCAACCUGCAGAAAGUAGUCAGUUGGUCUUAGAGAAAGCAGGUUUUUAUUCUGCUGGCCCCCAUAACUGGUGUUUCAAGAGUCAGGCCAGCACUGUGCCUUCCCACUGGAGAAUGAAGCGGAGAGAAGGCGUUGACAGAGCAUAUCCACUUAAGCCGGUCUUUCACCCAAAAUCUGGGAAUGGUCUCUUACCAAGUUCUUGGCAAGUUGGAAAUGCAGCAGCUACAGAGAUUCCUUCCUGUGGGAUUAGCUCAGAGAAAACAAAAGUGUCACAUGGGGUGAAGGCUCAGCCUGUAGGGAUGCACUCUCCUUUUUCUGUACAACAAUCUAAUAGAACAACUUCUCAUUCACAAAGAGCAGAGUCAGGCUAUAUUCAAAAACUGGAGGCUGCUGGGCGGAGUUUGGAGGAGGAGAUCCAGCGAAAGGAGGCUCUCCUUAGGGAGAAACUAAGGAAAACAGAGGAAGAGCUCCGUAAAAUCCAGUCGAAAAGGCAGCAGACUAAAGCAGAAGCAAGAAGAGAGCAAGGAGGAUUAAGGAUGCCUGAGAAGAAAAUGACAGCCAUUUCUCAAGAUUGUGAUUCCAAAUCUACCACACAAUUACGUGAUGAUGAUCAAAAAAUGCUUGUUCCAGAGACUAUGAUAGCUUCAAUUGGGACUGCCCUGCUUCCACAGACACUUCAUAUGGAAAGGCUCAAAAAGCAACGAUUGAUAGCUAGCAACAAUAAAAUUCGAGAUAACUUCUCCAAUAUUUCUUCCACUCACAGCCUAGAAACAGCAACUGUACGCAACCAGUCUUGUUCUCUAACAGCAACCCCAGUAGCUAAUGCAGAAUCAAUGGCAGCAGAACCAUCAUAUACAGAGAUCCAAAAUGAUAUAGAAGAUUGGGGAGAAUGCAGUUUUUGUGGACGGAGACUUUACUGUUCCAGAUUGGAGAAACAUAUGAAUAUUUGCAGCAAGAAUCAUGGAUCCAAGAGAAAAGUGUUUGAUUCAAGCAAGGCUAGAGCAAAGGGCACUGAAUUGGAAACAUAUCAUCUCUUGAAGGGCUCAGAUAUUUCACAGAAAAAAACUUCCAGCCACAGUCUUGAGGCUUCUGAGCAAAGCAAUGCUACAUCUAAACAAAGCAAUUGGAGACAGAAGCAUGACUCUUUCAUCAAGACUUUGCGCAGGGCUCGUGAAGUGCAGCGCAUCAUCUCCAAAGGCGGAAAGGCCUCAGAUCUUCCCCCAGCACCAGCUAUGGAAAAUCCAGACUACAAAUUGUGUCCAUAUUGCACUCGUCAGUUUGCACCCAAGGUUGCUGAGAGACAUAUUCCCAAGUGCAAGAACAUUAAGAACAGACCUCCUCCACCACAGCAAAAAAAGCGUUGCUAGUAAAUAGACAAGAUGAUAUCUGCAACUGGUGUAAUCCUACUUAGAUUUCUUGUAAUUUUUCUCAGUUUAAGGCUACUGAGUGGCAGUUUCAGUGUAAAACCAAUGAGAAAUCCACAAAUUUUAAAUUAUCAUUAACCCUUUAUACUACAGGUCAAGGCACCUAGAUGGACAAAAAGUGGUGUUGUCUUCAUCCUCUCAAAAUUUUGUAUUCUGUAAAAAUGGGUCACUGGGAUUCCUUACAUAUUUUGCAGUGGAAAUUUUUGAAAAAAGGCCCUGCAAAAAGGCCUAUUAAAAAUUGGAAGAAAAUAAUGACAUUCUUAUAAAUCAUGGCUCUAUACUUGUGACUCUUUGAUGGCACCUGGGAUCAGUUAUUUCUUCUAUGAGCUGCCCAAGAUAAAUGAUUCCCAUUUCUGUGCUGAAUAUCUAAGAAAAAGCACCCAUGUUCUAGAAAAUUAACAUUUUAAAUAUUAGAAUGAUAGCUGGCAAAGAAUAAGAGCUAUUUCAAUGUAUUAUGUAUUACUAUUUACAGUGGCUGGGAAAAGCUUUACAGUCAGUUUUGUUUCCUGUUUUGUAGUACUACAUAAAGUUAGUCUUCCUUCAAAGUAACCUACACAAAUUGCUGUAAAAGAAAAAAGUGGAAGUUUUGAUGAAUUGUUCUCUAUAGCAUAAUUGUAGUACCUGAUUUUCAUCUCUGUAACUUUAAGAUUAGUGAAAGGAAACUAAAAUAGUUAUUUGGAAGUGGUCAUUUGUUUAGCUCUGCCUUUGCUAACAGAUGGAUGAUUAAAAUGUCUGGGAAUAGGUCAACAAGAACAAUCAGCAAACAAAUGGAAUAAAUAUAUUUAUAUGCAAACUAGCUGUCUUCAGGCAACAAGCAUGGUCUAUAAUAAAAUAGGUAGAACAUAACUUGCUUGCAAAGGCAAAUGUAGUAUUUGCUGAAAGUGGAAACAUAUGGAUGAAUGCUUUGUUUGGAAAGUACCAAUUUUACAUAAUACACUGUAUAGUAUGUGAUUCCCCAAAAUUGAAUUGCUAGUUUUAUCUGAGCCUCAAAUUUUCAAUGAUCUGGUGCUAACUUAAAAUUUCAAGAAAAGUGGAAAGCUUCAUUUUGCAAUAAUAGGUUUAAAAUUCAGUAUUUAUGUGAUGUGAAAAAUAAUUGUUGCCUAUGCUGCUAAUUUUGUUGGAAGCGAAAACAUAUAAAGAAUGGUUGCA